AUGGCCAGACGCGAGGACGGCACUCCGUGGUGGUCAGAAUUUCCCGAGCCGAGGUCAAUAGCGUCCAAAAUCGGCCCGGAAGACGUAUUACGGUUGCUUCAAGACCAAGAGUGUGCCGAGGGAGAUGAGCCGCGCGACUUCCUGCUCGUGGACGCACGCCGAACAGAUUUCACCGGAGGAGCCGUCCGCGGGGCCAUAAACCUGCCGGCCCACAGUUUCUACCCGUCACGCAAGAUACUGUACGAGCUGUGCACCCAGGCAGGCAUCAAGAAGGUCAUCUUCUAUUGCGCGUCGUCCCUUGGCCGAGGCCCUCGCUGCGCUGCUUGGAUGCAGGACUAUGUUAAUGAAGUCGGCGGAGACAUCGAGUCCCAGGUGAUGAUUGGCGGUAUCCGCGGCUGGGUUCAGGCGUAUGCAGGGGCGAUGAUGGACGGCUAUGACGAGAAGGUGUGGAAGGCGGAGAAGAUCUAG